AUGCCAGGGGCGCGGCAUCCCGUCGCGGGGGCCGCGCUCGGGGGGCCCUGCGAUCUGGCGCGCGGCACGGGGAGAUUUUCUCGAAGGGGCGGCGCGACGCGGCCGGCGAGGAGGGCGGACGCGGAGGUGACGCGCGCAGCGGGCAGGGGGAUGAAGAAGCCGGAGGUGCGACGCGCCGAUGGGAUCGCGGCGCGCGCCGAUCGACGACGGUGUGGUGAAGAACGUGAAGAAGACAUCCGCCGCGGUCCGCUCGUCUCCCGGUCGGGCAGGCUCGCGGUCUUCGCGUGGCGCGGCAAGGACGCAGAGGACGAGAACGGCGCGGGAGGGCCUGCGGGUCCUCCGGCCGUCCCUGUGGUGGAGUCGUCCGCCCUCACUGAGAUGCAGGCCCCGGUGGCGCCGGCCGUGGCGGCCAACGGGGCAGUGGCGACGAGGCGCCGGUCGCCUCCUGCCUCCAAGUCGGCAGCACCCACCGCGCGCCGGAGGUCCAAAGAGAAGGGAUCGAACACUCAAGGCUCGUCAAGCCCGAUGUUGAUGAUAACGAAACCUCUUCCAAAGGUGCUGAUCAUCCAUUGCGGUGGCACGCUUGGCAUGGACCCUGAGCGAUCUUACGAGGCAGACCAGGAAGGGGUCCAUCUGAAGACAGGCACUGGAGGAACGUAUGGGGGACUCAAGCCGGGCGACAUGCUUGAGAAUCUCUUUCACAUGGUGCCAGAACUAACAGCCUUCGCGAAUUUGGACCUACAUAUUGCCUUCAACAAGGACAGUUGCAGGGUUGGACCACCAGAAUGGAUGAAGAUAGCGAAAAUCCUUCACAAAAAUCGUAGUCUGUAUGAUGCUUUCUUGGUGGAACUACGUUGCAGCUUAGAGCGCCAUUCGGCAUUUGUCUUGGGUGUUGUUCCCAUGAUUCCACGUCCAAACGGGAGGGGAGCUGCAUCAAUCCCAGAAUUCCAACCGCACAGUUGGGUGGUCCAUGGAACGGACACCCUGGCGUACACCGCCAGCGCGCUGUCCCUCAUGCUGCUGGGAUUUCGCAAGCCGGUCAUUCUCACAGGAUCUCAGCUCCCCCUCCUGAUGCCCCGCUCUGACGCGCGCCAGAACCUUCUGGACUCCAUGACAUGCGCGACCGCGCCAUACACCCCGCCCUAUGUGAACCUGCAAGAGGUGGCCGUGUGCUUUGGCGGGAGGCUGAUGCGUGGCAACAGGACGCAGAAGGUCAACUCGAGCGCGUACCAGGCGUUCGAGUCGCCGUCUUACCCCGUAUUGGCCACUCUGGGCGUUGAUGUGGACUGGGACCUGCGGUACCUGCUGAAAGCAGAGGGUGUGUACCGCCCCAGGUUUAAGCUGGACCCAAGGGUGAUCCGCAUCCCCAUCGUCCCGGGCUCGAAUCCGCGCAUGGCCUACGGCGACCUGACGGAGAGGGGUGUGCGCGGCGUCGUGCUGGAAGCCUUUGGGGUUGGCAACAUGCCCGACACCAAGAAGGACGGCUGGAUGUCUUGGCUCAAGCACCAGAGGAAAAAGGGGCUGCAGGUGUACCUCGCAUCACAGUGCGUCAAUGGUCCCCUUCACCCGGAGCUGUACCGCAGCGGCAGCCUUGCCCUUGAGCUGGGCGUCGAGGCGGGACCCCAGAUGACUCCAGAGUGUGCGGUGGUGAAGACAAUGAUGUGCCUGUGCUAUCGGGACAUCCCGCUGGGAGUGCCUUUGGCAGGAGAAAUGUGA